GCGUCGGUAGCCCACUCGUCACUGGCGAGAGAGGGGCGGGGUGGCCGGGGCUGGCGCUCUUCUCGGUCGUAGCUCCAGGCCCGCCCCGGCGCCCCGGCCCCCUGCAUGGGAGUAUAUAUUCUCGUCGAGUGCCGGGGGCUGGUGAGUGGCCACGCUGUGGGAGUUGGAGCCAAGAGGAUCUGCAUCCUCUCCGGGAAAGGUUUACAGGUGUAGAAAGUACACAAAACUUGACUACCAGGACAUUAUGAAUGUUAAUGACCUCAAAUGCAGGUUGUCCAAGGCUGGACAAGAACACCUGCUACAGUUCUGGAAUGAACUGGAUGAAGCUCAGCAGAGAGAGCUUUAUGAAGAGCUCCAGGCCAUGAACUUUGAGGAGCUGGACUUCUUUUUCCAAAAAGCCAUGGAAGGAUUCAGCCAGACAUCUGACAAAGUGGAUGCCCGAAUGGAACCUGUACCUCGAGAGGUGUUGGGCAGUGCCACCAGGGAUCAAGAUCAGCUCCAUGCCUGGGAAAGUGAAGGUCUUUUCCAGAUUUCUCAGAACAAAGUAGCAGUGCUUCUUCUCGCUGGUGGGCAGGGGACAAGACUUGGUGUUGCAUAUCCAAAGGGGAUGUAUGAUGUUGGUCUGCCAUCCCAUAAAACGCUUUUCCAGAUUCAAGCAGAGCGUAUCCUGAAGUUACAGCAGUUAGCUGAAAAAUAUCAUGGCAACAAAUGCAGUAUUCCAUGGUACAUAAUGACUAGUGGCAGAACAAUGGAAUCUACGAAGGAAUUUUUUGCAAAGCAUAAGUACUUUGGUUUGAAAAAGGAAAAUGUAAUCUUUUUUCAGCAGGGAAUGCUGCCUGCGAUGAAGUUUGAUGGGAAAAUUAUUUUGGAAGAGAAGAGCAAAGUUUCUAUGGCUCCGGAUGGGAAUGGUGGUCUUUAUCGGGCUCUUGCAGCUCAGAAUAUUGUGGAAGAUAUGGAACGAAGGGGCAUUUGGAGCAUUCAUGUCUAUUGUGUUGACAACAUAUUAGUAAAAGUGGCAGAUCCACGGUUCAUUGGAUUUUGCAUUCAAAAAGGUGCAGACUGUGGAGCAAAGGUAGUAGAGAAAACAAACCCCACAGAACCAGUUGGAGUGGUUUGCCGCGUGGAUGGCGUGUACCAGGUGGUGGAAUAUAGUGAGAUUUCCCUGGCAACAGCACAGAAACGAAGCUCAGACGGACGGCUGCUGUUUAAUGCAGGGAACAUCGCCAACCAUUUCUUCACUCUACCAUUUCUGAGAGAUGUAGUCAAUAUCUAUGAACCUCAGUUGCAGCACCAUGUGGCUCAAAAGAAGAUUCCAUACGUGGAUUCCCAGGGAUGCUUCAUUAAGCCAGACAAACCAAAUGGAAUAAAGAUGGAAAAAUUUGUCUUUGACAUCUUCCAGUUUGCAAAGAAGUUUGUAGUGUAUGAAGUAUUGCGGGAAGAUGAGUUUUCCCCACUGAAGAAUGCAGACAGCCAGAAUGGGAAGGACAACCCUACUACUGCAAGACACGCUCUGCUGUCUCUCCACCACUGCUGGGUCCUCAAUGCAGGCGGCCACUUCAUAGAUGAAAAUGGCUCUCACCUUCCGGCAAUCCCCCGCUUGAAGGAUGCCAAUGAUGUACCAAUCCAGUGUGAAAUCUCUCCCCUUAUCUCUUAUGCUGGAGAAGGGCUAGAAAGUUAUGUGGCAGAUAAAGAAUUCCAUGCACCUUUAAUCAUUGAUGAGAAUGGAAUCCACGAGCUGGUGAAGAAUGGUAUAUGA